CGUCGGCUUAGCGAAGAGAGAGAACAUGGCUUCAUACGGAGACGAGUCCCUCGACAGCUAUCUGUACACCUCCUACAACCCUUACUCCUACAGAUGCCCCAGGCCCAAGGGCUGGAGGCACAAGAGCUACCUGGCGGCGUACGGGGACAGCGACAGCUACCUGGACACCUACCACCGCGCGCAGCUCAAGUCCAUCCUGUCCCAGAUUAACCCCAACCUGACGCCCCGCCUCAGGAAGGCCAACACCCGGGACGUGGCCGUGCAGGUCAACCCCAGGGCGCACGUGUCCAUCCAGUGCUCGCUGGGGCCGCGCACGCUGCUGCAGGUGCGCAGGCGCGACAGUCCGCGCGCGCGCAGGAUUGACGGUCAGACCCCCGGCAGCCCCGGUUCCUCCAGCAGCGGCGGCGGGAGCCCGGGGGGCGUCCGGUUCCCGCGCACUCAAGCAGUGUACUCCCCCAUAGCCAGCAGGGGCCUGGCCUCCUUCCUUCAGGAGGAGGAGGAGGAGGAGGAGGAGGAGCGCAGGGGAGCAAAGGAGGAGGAAGAGGAGAAACAGCAGCAGCAGGAGAACAAAGAGCGCAGGAGCUCCAAACAAGCCAAAGAUGAGCUUAGUCCCGACAAAAGCAUGGAAGGAAGUGAGCAGACUGGAGUUGUGGAUGGAAGUAAGAGUGAGGCUGAGAAGAGUGGGCAGGAGGAGUCCAAGAUCAAGGGCAGAGUGAGGUUUCAGUUUCUAGAACAGAAGUACGGCUACUACCACUGCAGAGACUGCAACCUGCGCUGGGAGAGUGCAUAUGUGUGGUGUGUUCAGGGCACAAACAAGGUCUACUUCAAGCAGUUUUGCAGAACAUGUCAGAAGUCAUUCAACCCAUACCGUGUAGAGGACAUAACCUGCCAAAGCUGUAAGAAGGCACGCUGCACUUGCCCUGGAACAGCACGUCAUGUUGACCCUAAAAGACCUCACAGACAGGACCUGUGUGGUCGCUGUAAAGGCAAACGGCUCUCCUGUGACAGCACCUUCAGUUUCAAGUACAUUAUAUAACCCUUGUGGUGGAGGUUCCUGCACUGCUGUUUUGCCCCACUGCUUGGCUGUGGGUCUUGGAAUCAACAGCAAGCCUCAAGUGGCGAGACUAGUCCUUGUUAGAAGAGACCCAGGACAAGGACCUGAGCUCUGGGAUUUGUUCAUGUUGAUCAGCAGGGUUUUGCAGGAACCACUUCAGAAAAGUGAAAUAAAGGCAAUAACAGCAA